AUGCGGCCUUCCGUCGGCUUCGUGGGGCUGCUGCUCGUAGUCGCACCCACAGUCCUCGCCCAGAUCGAGAACGCACCCGAACUCAACACCGUCGCGCCCGGAGGCGACGCGGCGACGAACACAGCCGAGACCUCCGCCGCCGAGACAACACAAACAGCGACAACGAACGCUGACGAGACUGCUGCCACAUCACAAGCCGCCACCACGGAAACCACCGAGGCGGCAACCACUGCUGAUGCGCCCACCAGCGCGGCCGCCCAGACAGGGUCUACAAGUGUCUUCAACCUCGUGGGCGCACCAACACUGGCUGGUGUCGGUAUCCCAGACAUCAAAGUCCCAGACACAGCCGGCGCUGCCUUUAUGCAAAAGUCCGAUCUCCCCGAUGGAACCGUCUUCAUAUGUGUUGGUGCUAUCCUUGCCUUCUUCGGUGCGGCAGUGCUGGCGUGGCGCGGCCUCGUUGCGUGGUCGUUGCAUCGUUCCGUGAAGCGGGCGGCCAUGGCCCAAAACCUGGCUGAUAUCAAGGCCAUGUCAGCAGUGCCUGGCAAGAAGCGGGGGAUGUACAAUGUAGUAGGAGCAAGUUCGACCAUGUCCCUGGAUCACCUGAACGCCGCCCCCAUUGGCAAGUCAAACAAGGCCUUCAAGGGCGCGGCUGCCAACACAGCACAGCAAUCGCAAUCGUCUCUCUUCUUCUCUCCAACCGCAGGUGGCGCCGCCGGUAUGCGAGAUUCGGUCCACGUAGCAGGGAACCGAUCCUCCACCUACCUUCCCGCAGGAUACUACGCCUCUGGCAACGCAGCACCCGCCGCCGGAUCACCACAAAUGCACAUUGGCAGCCAGAACCCCAACAAUCUUUCUGCCCUCUCCCUCUCCACACCCGGAAACCGGUUCAGCGCGAGGUCCGGCAUGUCGCCACCAGAAUCGCCAUCACUCCCUCCAUCGCGAGGAGGCUACGCCCGCGCACCACCAUCACGAGACGGCCUCUCCAACUACAACCGCAACAGCGUCGCAACCCUCGGCCACCAACCCGGCACCACAAGAAGCCCCGUCUACGGCCAGGACAACAACACCGUCAGCCAAUUAUCGCUCAAUGUACCGGGUGGCACGACUGUGCCUGGUGGCCGCACGCCGAGUGGAUACCUAGACGAUCUCUUUGAAAACCACGGCAACGGGUCCAGAGAACGAUUCUAG